UCUACUGGUUUGAGCAUGUAGGCUAGGCUACAUCAGUGUGUGUAAUAUUUUACUUUUGACAUGUCCUAUUGUUGUUGAAUGCACUCCAGUCUAAAAGGAAGUGAAAACUGAUUAAGAAGAAGAUGAGCGCCACGCAUGACUAACUCCCGCUCAUAGAUCUCAAUCUAAACUUGCCUGGAAAUCUUAGGUUGAAUUGAAGAAGUUUAAGCUGCCUAUCAAUCAUUGUUUUUGCCACCAGUGGACAGCCAGUGAAAAUGAGCUCUUGCAACAGCUGCAUAGUGCGUAUUCAGGGACUGAUUAAUGCAGGUGCUUACAGGGUCUGAAGCCCGUAGGGGGCCCUUGAAGCAGAGAACAAUUUAGAGAAAGUUAUGCGUUCGAGAACUAAGUCUAUAUAAACAUUCUGAUUAGUGUAAAUAACUACAAUCACAAGGGAAUACGUUUAUUAUUAAGGAGAAUAUAGCUGACUUUUAUGGAGUGAGUCAUCAUGAUUGUGAAUGAACAUAAACAAGAUAAAGACUAACAGAAGCCACCAGAUCAUCCCUGAUGUCGCUAUCUUAGACAUCAUGGAUUUAGGGGACAACAAGUGAAGAAUGGCCAACCAAUGAUUCAUCCCGGAACCCCACAACUGGAGGCCCAACACCAGAGGACCAAGCUGGAAUCUCAUGGACUAAAUCAGGAAUAUCUGCUCUAAAAAUGGAAUCACUGGACUAAACUAGAACUCCAUGGACCAAAUAGGAAUUGUUCUUAAACCAGGAAUAUCAGGACCAAAAGCUGAAAUAUGGACUAAUUUAUGCCUUUCUGGACAAAAAUGUGAAUCUCUGGACUGAAAUUGGAAUUGCUGGACUGAACUAGAAGUCUUUGGAUUAAAUCAGUAAUCUCAGCAACAUAACCGGUUUAUUAUGUGAUAUCUGACUGACUUGCGUCGAUGAUGUGUGUGUUGUAACAGGGUAGUCACUAGAUAGCCACGCUAGAGAGGUGAAAAUAUUAUCAACACAUUGACUCUCGAGGAAAUACGGCCAACAGUGAUGGAUGCGGAAGUUAUAAUAAUCAAAUCGGACAAAUGGAGGGAUACGUGACUGUUACUUAUAUAGGACUUUGAUUUGUAAUAACAGAUACUGGGUGGAAAACCCCAUUCCUCCUGAACGUUUAGUAGUAUCGAUAAGUAUCACGCGUUGAGGGUGACUAUGCACUAUGCACUGUGUUACAAUCAUUCAAUAAGAAUUAAUCGGGUGCAAAAUUCGACGUGGGGGAUUCAGGGAAAAUCAAUGCUUAGUCCAUUGAUUGGUUAAUCCCUAAAACAGACAGACUCCCACAACCUCCACCCUCCACCCCCCCAUCGGUCAGGAUGCUGUGCCCCAGGAAGAAGCGCCUCACCAGGGAUGCAGAUUUCUCUGCCAUCGCGGUGCCGUCUAUGCGGGGGUCUGGUUACCUGGACUACACCAUAGAGACCCACCCCUCCAGAGCCCUCCAGGCCAUGGAGGACUUCAGAAGGCACGAGAUGCUGUGUGACAUCACCCUCCACGUCACCUAUAAGGACAUGACCGCUGACUUCAAGGUGCAUAAAGUGGUGCUGGCGUCAUGCAGCCCUUACUUCAAAGCCAUGUUCACCAGCAGCUUUAAGGAGUGCCACGCCUCCGAGGUGACGCUACGUGAUGUCUGCCCCCUGGUGGUAGGGAGGCUCAUUGACUUCGCCUACACUUCACGCAUCACUGUGGGGGAGAAGUGUGUGCUGCACGUCCUACUGGCCGCCAUGAGGUACCAGAUAGAAGACGUGGCUAAGGCUUGCUGUGACUACCUCACUAAAAACUUGGAGCCUGCCAACGUGAUCGGCAUCGCUCGCUUCGCUGAGGAGAUUGGCUGCACUGAGCUGCACCUGAGGAGCCGCGAGUACAUCAACACACACUUCAACGAGGUAACCAAAGAGGAGGAGUUCUUCAGUCUGUCUCACUGUCAGCUUUUGGAGCUGAUCAGCCAGGACAGCCUCAAGGUGCUCUGUGAGUCAGAGGUGUACAAGGCGUGUACAGACUGGGUGCGUUGGGAUGUGGAGAGCAGAGCGCCGUAUCUCCACGCCCUGCUCAAUGCUCUCCACGUCUAUGCUCUGCCUCCCAAGUUCAUCAAGAUACAGCUCCAGUCCUGCCCCAUCCUCAGCAAGGCCAACUCAUGUAGAGACUUCCUGUCUAAGAUAUUCCAGGAAAUGGCGUUGAGGAAGCCCCUCCCCCCUGCGCCUCACCGUGGAACACAGCUUAUCUACGUAGCUGGAGGGUAUCGGCAGCACUCUCUGUCUUCUAUGGAGGCCUAUGACCCUGGUAGGAACGUCUGGCUGAAGCUAGCUGACAUGGACUCUCCCUGCAGUGGUCUGGGCUCCUGUGUGCUGUUUGGCCUGCUCUACACGGUGGGAGGCAGGAACCUGUCCCUACAGAACAACACUGAGUCCAGUUCCCUGUGCUGCUACAACCCUAUGACCAACCAGUGGAGCCAGCACGCCUCCCUCAACACCCCCAGGAACAGGGUGGGGGUGGCCGUGGUGGACGGGAGCAUUUACGCCGUAGGGGGGUCCCAGGGCUCCACACAUCAUAACACUGUGGAGAGGUAUGACCCAGAGGCAAACCGCUGGGUGUUUGUGAGCCCCAUGUCAGUAGCCCGUCUAGGGGCGGGGGUAGCAGGUUGUGGGGGGUCUCUGUACGUGGUGGGGGGGUUCGACGGCCAGAACCGCUGGAACACAGCAGAGAGGUUCCACCCUGACUCCAACACCUGGCACCAACUUGCCCCCAUGACCACUGUACGCAGUGGACUGGGUGUGGUGUGUGUGGACUCGUACCUGUAUGCAGUAGGAGGGUAUGACGGUCAUACCCAGCUCAGCUCCAUGGAGAGGUACAGUGUAACCAGAGGUACUGUGUGGGAGCCAGUGGCCUCCAUGCAGCACUGCCGCAGCGCUCACGGAGUCACCAUCUACCAGGGACGCAUCUUCGUACUGGGUGGUUUUAACUCCACAGGGUUUCUGUCCAGUGUUGAAAGUUACUGCCCUGACACCAACCAGUGGACGUCCGUCACCAACAUGUUGCUAGGACGCAGUGGAAUGGCCGUCGCAGUAACCAUGGAGCCCUGCCCCGGCAACCUGCCCGUGGAGGAAGAAGAAGAGGAAGUGACAUACAGUUAGACCGAGGAGAAAUGACUCAUCAUAAUUCAAAAAAAUCUACUGGAUUUCUACUUUUUAUGUCUGACUCAAUCUGGCGGCAGAGCAGGACUUGUUGCCAUAGAAUUAGAAUGAGUAGAAAGGACAAAGCUCUAGGAUCAUUUAGCAGACUGCACUUUUAUCCAAAGCCACAAAGUUUGCAUUGAUCAAGAAUGUCUGUUCUGAUCAUUCUAAUUCUAUGUGGAGUCAGUAGGACGUGGACCAGAGGGAGGAAGUGACCUCACAAUGACCUCAUAAAGUGACCUCGCUAUUAUUAGGGUGCUACAGACAUAUAAUUAGGAAUUAGAAUACUAGAAUGGACAUUAACCUUCUUAUGAUGCCAUUAUAAGACACAUCAUUGCACAAUGUAUGAAUCCCUAAAUUGUCUGUCACUCCCAAAAAGAAGACAUUGGUACCAAUUUAUUUUUAAAUGUAUCAACUUAAAUUUAAGGAAUGCCUAACAUUAAAAGACUCACACAACUCCUUUCGACAACAGCAGAAAUUACAAAUUCCAAGGGUACAUCAUGAGGUUGGAGUAAGAGCUUUCAGAUACAAAGGCCCAACUGACUUGACUAAUUUUCCUUAGGAAAACUCACACAGUGAAUUUAAGAAAGCCAUUUUUCAAAUGUUAAAAACAAACUGUUUGUGUUUUUAACUAGCUAAUAGAAACAUCAGCAUGUGAAGAUAUUUGUAAGUAUGUAUAUAUUAUACAGUUAGGGAAAAAAGUAUUUGAUCCCCUGCUGAUUUUGUACGUUUGCCCACUGACAAAGAC